GUCUUUAAAAUUGACUUUUUAUCUGGAAAUUUAUGAAAUGAAAUUUUUUAUUUCAUCCAGCUAUUGGAAUUUUUUUAAAAAAAAGUCAAGAUUUCAGAAUAAAGGACUCACACUACCAAACGUAUAAUUCUUUAAAGAGAGAACAUUAAGAUGUGUUUUAAAAUUUAUUUUGAAAUGUCUUAUUUGGAAUUAUUAUUCUCCUUUGAUUGCUGUUCAAGGAAUACAAAGAAUUCAAAAAAAUAGAUGAAUGUUUGCUUAAGAAAGAAAGUGAGAGAGAUAGAGAGAGAGAGAGAAAGAAAGAAAGAAAAUGAAUGCCCUGAUCUAGUUCAAGCAGACUGAAUAGGAAAAGCAAGAGGAGCAGCUUCAAGGAAUAAUUCAUAUAAAUUUUCAAAUAUCAUUGUUAGUUAUUUACAAAAAAGACAAUAUGCUGAGAUCACUUGAGAUGCUACAAGCUGGACUAUUAGCACCAAAAUCUUUUCAAUCAGCUGUAAUUACAAAUCGUUUAUUUGAUAUGGAUCUCAGCGAGCGAUCAAUUAUUAGAUCAUGUCAUAAUGCUGGUAUCACUACAUUAGAUAUUGAUAGAGCAGAAGAACGAUAUUUACUCUCUGGAGCCAAAAAUGGCGACAUUGCUAUUCAUGAUUUGUUGAAUACAUCUGGGCAUCCAUCAUAUGCUGCUGAAGUUGUUUGCAGGAUUAGAAGGGACUCUUUAUAUGCUCAUAAAUUUUGCAUUAAAACAGCUCAGUGGUAUCCAUUUGACACUGGCUUAUUUAUUACUAGUGCUAUGGACCAAAAAUUAAAGAUAUGGGACACAAAUAUUUUAAAACCUGCAGAUACUAUUUCUGUUGAGCACAAUAUUUCUGGACAUCAUAUGUCCUCUGUGUCUAGCAAACAUUCCCUUAUUGCAGUUGCCAUGAAGUAUCCUCAUAUAAAACUGAUAGAUCCCAAAACUGGUUCACAUUCCCAUGAGUUACGAGGUCACCAAACUGGAGUUGCUUCUGUGAGAUGGUCGCCCAUAUCGGAAAAUCUGCUUGCAAGUGGUGGUGUUGAUAACAAAAUUUUUUUCUGGGACAUUCGAUCUGCCAAAGGUUAUUUACGAAUUCUUGACCAACAUAAUGGUGAAGCAAUUGGAAAUAAGAAAGAUUUCAUUACUGCCCAUGACGGACAUGUUAACUCUUUAAGGUUUACUGAUGAUGGACUUUUUCUGGUAUCACAUGGAGCAGACAAUCGCAUAAGACUGUGGGAUGUUGCUUUAUGCAAAAAUACUUUAGUCAAUUUCGGCGUAAUACCAUCUGCAAAUGCACAUUUUCAAGUAUCCAUUGAUAUGUGCUGUGAUUCUAGCCUCCCAGUUCUUUUUGUUCCUAGCAAAAAUUGUAUUAUUGUGCAUGAUCUGUUUACCGGUUGUAAGUUAAAAAUAUUGUCGGGUCAUCUUGGUGUAGUCACAAGUUGUGUUUAUAGAUCCAGAACACAGGAACUAUAUAGCAGUGGAAAUGAUAUGAAUAUAUUAUUGUGGACACCUGAUGUUGAGAGGGAGUUGGAAGAAGAAUAUCCACAUUCCCCAUGCCAUGGAGGCGGUGUUUCAAAUUCUGAGGUUUCUGACAACUGGUCAAGUGAUGAGAAUUGAGAAUUUUAAAGAUUGUUUUUCUUACAAUGAUAUGUGAAUUGUAAAUGUUAAAUAAUGAUUUUGAUACAUUCCCUCUUCAAAAUAAGUUUUUAAUUUACGAUUAAACUCCGAUUUAAUGAA